AUGAUUGGGGGAAGAAAUAUUACCAAGAUCACCCAGUUCAUCCUCCUGGGAUUCUCAGAUUUCCCCCGAAUCACAACACUGCUCUUUGUUAUAUUUCUCACAUUUUACAUUACAGCGCUCACCUGGAACCUGUCCCUUGUUGUUUUAAUAAGAAUGGAUGCCCACCUUCACACACCGAUGUAUUUCUUCCUCAGUAAUCUGUCCUUUAUAGAUCUCUGCUACAUCACCUCUACAGUCCCCAAGAUGCUUUCCAACUUCUUCCAGAAAAACCAAAUAAUCAGUUUUGUGGACUGCAUAGUUCAGUACUUCAUCUUCUCCACUAUGGCACUGUGUGAAUGUUGCCUCAUGACAGCCAUGGCCUAUGACAGGUAUGCUGCCAUUUGUAACCCACUGCUCUACUCAUCAAUCAUGUCACCCACCCUGUGUGCUCGCAUGGUGAUGGGAAGCUACACAGCAGGGCUCAUAGGUUCCUUAGCUCAGGUAUGUGUCUUGCUGCAGCUCCACUUCUGUGGACCUAAUGUCAUCAGACAUUUCUUCUGUGACAUAUCACAGUUGUUAAAUCUUUCUUGCACAGACACUUACUUUGCACAGGUCCUGCUUGCUUUAUUAACACUGUUGUUUGGACUUGCAAAUGCCUUAGUCAUUAUGCUAUCCUAUGGCUUCAUUGUCUUGUCCAUCAUGAAAAUCACUUCAGCUAAGGGCAGGUCUAAGGCAUUCAAUACCUGUGCUUCUCACCUGGCAGCUGUUUCCCUAUUCUAUAGUUCUGGAAUCGUUGUCUAUUUGCGUUCCAGUUCUGGUGGCUCCUCCAGUUUUGACAGAUUUACAUCUGUCUUCUACACUGUGGUGAUUCCAAUGCUGAAUCCUUUGAUAUAUAGUCUGAGGAACAAAGAAAUCAAAGAUGCCAUGAAGAGGCUGCAGAAAAAGACAAUCUUUAGCCAAGGUCACAGAUAA